AUGUACGAUGAAAAAGGCAGCGCUUAUCCCGGGACAAAGUUGAGAAGGGAACUCACAGAUGUGAUUGAUCUUUCAAGGUUUAAAAAAUUAAAGUAUUUAUGGCUUCAUUAUAACAAGCUCAAUGGGAUAACAUUUCUAACUAGAAACUAUUGCCUGACAGAAUUAUAUCUAAACAACAAUGCAAUAUUUGAGAUAACAGGUCUGCACAGUUUGCGAUCAUUGCAUAUCCUCAUGUUGCACCACAAUGAACUCACCAGCCUCGAGGGUACAGUGAAGGAACUGAAGGGGAUGUUAAAUCUGAAGAUCCUGACUCUCUAUCAGAACCCUUUGUGCCAAUAUAACUUGUACCGUUUACACAUAAUCUACCAUCUGCCGGGAGUGGAAUUUCUUGACAGAAAUCAUGUUACAGAAAAAGAAAGAAGAUCAAUGAUUGCCAUUUUUAACCAUGAAAAAUCACAUAUUCUCCAAUCAAUUGCAUUUGGAGGAAAAGUUGAUGUCUCCUGGAAUACCACACCACCAGUUAAACCAAAACCAACCCAGCAUCUACCUUCAGAUUUCACAUUUGCCAACAAUGUAGACAAAACUACGUUUGCUAACCCCGAAGAUGCUGUUUUCGUGAGGGCCAUGAAGAGAUCAGUGAUGGCUUUUACCUCUGUGAACUGGGACACAGUCCCCACACGAGAUGAAAAAGACCUGCAGGAGGAAGAUGCAGGGCCUGCUCAAAUGCUCACAAUUACACUGCGAUAA